AUGCCCUUCCGACUGUCGCGCUCGACGCGGCUGAGUGUGGUGAUUGCUAUAUCGACCUGCUUUUUCCUCGGGGAGAUCUCCUUGGGAUUCUAUACGCAUUCGCUGGCCUUGAUUGCAGAUGCCUUCCACUAUUUAAAUGAUCUGGUGGGAUUUAUCAUUGCGCUGGUCGCAUUGAAGGUCUCGGAAAGCAAUGAAUUGCCUAAAGGGAAUGGAUUGUCUUUUGGAUGGCAGCGGGCUCAACUGCUAGGCGCAUUUUUCAACGGAGUUCUUUUGCUGGCGCUGGGGAUCAGUAUCUUCUUGCAGUCGAUUGAACGUUUUAUCUCAUUGCACCGCGUCGAAAAUCCUAUGAUGGUGUUUAUCGUCGGAUGCAUUGGAUUGACACUCAAUAUAAUCAGCGCACUCUUUCUCCACGAACAUGGGCAUGGACACAGACAUGACGACGGCCCUCCGACCAUUGAAUCACCAAUAUCGCCUGUCAGCGAAGAAGACAAGGAUUCUCUCUCCAAGCAUAAAAACCACAAACAUUCGCAUUUUGGUCAAUGCCGUGACUAUGUCCCCGGUGGCCAUGGUCACGGUCACGGCCACAGCCAUGGACACAGUCACGGACAUGGACAUGACCAUGGGGAUCUAGGGAUGAUGGGCGUUUUGCUGCACGUCAUUUGCGAUGCUGCCAAUAACCUCGGCGUCAUGGCUGCUGCUCUGGUGAUCUGGCUGGCCCACUAUGACGGCCGAUACUACGCGGAUCCGGGGGUGAGCAUGGGGAUUGCGCUGAUGAUUAUCUUGUCUUCGCUUCCGCUGGUCCGGAGUUCUGGCGUGAUUCUGCUCGAAAGCGCCCCUCAUGGGGUUGACUUGAGCGAUGUGCAGCAUGACCUCGAGACGAUCCCCGGCGUCCAUUCCGUGCACGAACUGCACAUCUGGCGGCUGAACCAGCAGAAAUCCCUCGCAUCUGCACAUAUCGUCGUAUCGGACCACUCUGUUGUCGAUUUCCAAAGGACAGCCAAGAUCAUCAAUGAAUGCUUCCAUGCGUAUGGAAUUCAUUCGGCUACGCUGCAGCCCGAGAUCCUCUCCGAGUCUGCAGAUCUCUUCCCCAAGGACCAGAAGCUGCCGCGUUGUCAGAUAGUUUGUGGCACGGUUUGCGAGCCGUUGACUUGCUGUGGAUGA